CCAGCUGUAUUCGGUUCAACAUGAAGUUUCUGGUGUCGUUCGUAGUGCUCGUUGUCUCCAUUAGCAGCUGUUUUGCGCUCAAAGAUGAAGUUUGCGGUUUGCAACAUUCAGUUCAAGGUAUUUGUCAUGCCUACAUGCCAAGGUGGAGCUACAAUAUAGCAACUAAUGAAUGUGUGUAUUUCAUCUAUGGCGGCUGCCGGGGCAAUGCCAAUCGCUUUGACACCAAAGAACUUUGUGAGGAAAAGUGCUUGGAAUAA